AUGGUGAAUAAACUUCUGGUUGCAGAGUCCCUCGUGGUCUUUUGCAUCGUCCUAAGUAUUCAUUCUGUAGUGUGGGAUCGCUAUUCCUGGUGCACCCUAGCCUUGGCUGUACAGGCUUUUUAUGUGCAGCACAAAUGGGAUCGAUUGCUGCAGAGUGGUGGAGCAGUGUUCCAGUUUCGAUCUUCUGCCAACAGUGGACUCCUUCCAGCCAGUAUGAUCAUCCCUUUGCUUGGCAUUGUGAUGAGGGAGAGGUGUAAGACCUCCGGCAACGUCUACUUUGAAAGGUUUGGGGUGGUCGUAUCCGCCACCGGAAUGGCCUUGGCCUAUUUCCUAUCCAUAAUUGCACUGGGUAUUACUAAACCUGUGCCGAAAAAAAACACCUGCAUAGUGUCUGGAGCCACUGGUUGUGCGGUACUAUAUACUAUGAAGAAUUCUUUGGCCGUAUCAGAAAUUAUCGAAGUUCUGGAGGUGCUCCUCAUCUUCGUGUAUCUCAGCAUGAUUAUCCUUUAUUUGCUACCACGGUGCUUCACUCCUGGAGAGGCCCUUAUUAUCCUUGGUGGCCUCAGCUUCGUCCUCAACCAGCUUAUCAAGCGUUCUUUGAAUGCAAUGGGUGGAAAGGGAGAUCCUGUUGAUUACCUCCUGCUGGUGACUUUGGUUGCUUUGGUCCUGCUAGGCAUUAUUUUUUCAGCCUUGUUCUUUUUCAUGGACUCCACAACGUGGACCUCGUCUUUGUUUUUCUACAUGAUGACUGCCGUUUUAGGUCUGGGAGUCUUUGUGCCCUGGCUGCAGUACCUCAUCAAGAGACAUCCACUCUUCUGGCUGGUGGAGUUUCUGGUUCAGAGCAAAACACGACUGUAUCUCCUAGUCUUCUGGACAUUCCUCGUUCUUGUUGCUUGUGGAGUUGUUCUAUUUCAAAAUUCAAAAAGAUCCACAGACUCCAAAAAGCCACAAGUCUCCACCAUAACCCGCAAGUACUUUCAUUUUCUUGCAGUGGUUGUCUACAUUCCUGGAGUCAUGUACGAUCGUCCUUUACUGUAUGUGGCUGCAGUGGUAUGCUUAGCCGUCUUUGUGCUAUUGGAAUAUGUUCGCUUCUUCCGUAUCAAGCCACUUGGACAGGCCUUACGGACUCUCCUGACACUGUUCCUGGAUGAGCGGGAUAGUGGUCCACUGAUCCUGUCACACAUUUGCCUUCUCUUGGGGAUGUCUCUACCAGUUUGGCUCUUUCCAAGACUCUGUGCAUCAUCUCUUUCUGGCCCCUCUACCUUGCUCCCUUAUUGUGGCAUUCUGGCAGUGGGAGUUGGUGACACUAUAGCUUCUGUCUGUGGCAGCUCAAUGGGAGAAAUUAAGUGGCCUGGUACGAAGAAGACAUUUGAGGGGACUGUCAUGUCCAUCUUUGCCCAGAUCAUCGCAGUGGCCCUUAUCCUUAUAUUUGAUAGCAGUGUGAACAUUAACACUGGUUACAUCUGGUUAGUGGGAUCCAUCACAUUGGUGUCACUGCUAGAAGCUUUUACUACCCAAAUAGACAACUUGAUUCUGCCACUUUACCUGCAUAUCAUGUUUAUGGUCUGA